AGUACCCGGCUAAAAGCGUGUUUCUGUCUGCUCAAGUUUUAGUUUGUCGAUGCUUGUGUGAAGAAUCAAGAUGAAGAUCGAAGAAGUGAAAAGUACAGCCAAGGCUCAGCGUAUUGCUUCCCACAGUCAUAUCAAAGGUCUUGGAUUAGAUGGCAGUGGUUAUGCCAUUCAAACAGCAGCAGGGCUUGUCGGCCAAGAGCUUGCACGUGAAGCUGCAGGGGUUGUUGUGGAGCUCAUCAAAUCCAAAAAGAUGGCAGGAAGAGCAAUGCUACUUGCUGGCCCACCAGGAACAGGAAAGACUGCCAUUGCUCUAGCUAUUGCUCAGGAGUUGGGAUCCAAAGUCCCUUUUUGUCCAAUGGUUGGAAGUGAAGUGUACUCCUCAGAGAUCAAGAAAACAGAAGUGUUGAUGGAGAACUUCCGAAGAGCCAUAGGGUUGCGAAUCAAGGAGACAAAAGAGGUGUAUGAAGGAGAGGUGACAGAACUGUCACCUGUAGAGACAGAGAAUCCUAUGGGAGGUUAUGGCAAGACCAUAAGCCAUGUGGUGAUCGGCUUGAAGACAGCUAAAGGCACCAAGCAGUUGAAGCUUGACCCGUCUAUCUAUGAGAGUCUACAGAAGGAGAAGGUGGAGGUGGGCGAUGUCAUCUACAUCGAGGCCAACAGCGGCGCCGUCAAGAGACAAGGCCGAUCUGACAGCUACGCCACUGAGUACGAUCUGGAGGCAGAAGAGUAUGUGCCGCUACCUAAAGGUGAUGUGCACAAGAAGAAGGAGGUCAUUCAAGAUGUCACCCUACAUGACCUCGAUGUCGCUAAUGCAAGGCCACAGGGAGGCCAGGAUAUUAUGUCGAUGAUGGGGCAGUUGAUGAAACCAAAGAAGACAGAAAUCACUGAUAAGCUUCGGAAGGAGAUCAACAAGGUGGUGAACAAGUACAUCGAUCAGGGUAUAGCAGAGCUGGUGCCGGGUGUGUUGUUCAUAGACGAGGUGCACAUGUUGGAUAUUGAGUGCUUUACAUACCUCCAUCGAGCCUUGGAGUCCACAAUCGCACCCAUUGUUAUCUUUGCCACAAACAGAGGAAAGUGCACAAUAAAGGGGACCGAGGACAUUGUUGCCCCCCACGGCAUGCCCCUGGAUCUGCUGGACCGAGUCAUGAUCAUCAGGACCUUGCCAUACUCAUUGGAGGAAAUGGUCGCUAUUCUGAAGAUCCGGUCACAAACAGAAAGCAUACAGAUAGAUGACGAAUCCCUGCAGCAGCUGGGCAGCAUUGGAUCAAACUCCACACUUAGAUACGCCGUUCAGCUGCUCACCCCAAGCAACAUCCUUGCCAGGAUAAACGGCAAGGAAUCAAUAAACAAGGAAGACAUAGACGAGAUUCACAAACUGUUCUACGAUGCCAAAUCAUCAGCAAAGAUCCUUGCAGCACACGAAGACAAAUACAUGAAAUAAACGAGUGUUCCCACCAUUCAGUCAACAUGUACAUAAACAUUCAACCUUCGGCAUUGUUCAGGCUUUUCAUGAACAUCAUCAAACAGCUCAUUCCAUUAUCAGUUCCGGUACUAGUGAAUCCCCUAAAUACGGUGAUCUGAUUGUUAGAGUGAACUAUGAAUUUCAGAACGUUUGAAAUGUACACAACUUGUGUGUACUGGUAUAUAUAUAAACUAUGAAAUCAGCUGGUGAACUGAACAUUCGGAAUCGUCUUUUCAAGAUUGUCACAUUUUCAUUACAAUAGAAUUGUGAAUACUAUUUUCAUCACUGUCGUCCUCAUGAUGUAGUAUGACUACAUACACAGGUUCAAGAAAACCAGCAUUUGUAUUGAUCUGUUUCUCAUUGAUAUUAAAAUAUGUAUCUCUUGUAGUUCGGCAGUUUGUGUAGUGUAUGGGUUAUUGUGGAGGGCGUGAUGGCUUACCCUGCAGAACAAGCUUGGCAACAUAGCGGGCGACUUCAUUAGAAACAACCUCAUCUUCUCGAAGCAAGGGAGUUAACUGACACUAAAAGUUUCCACCCUGGCCAAAUGUGACUCAAUCAUAGUACCACCAAUCAGAUUCCAUCUCUCAUAUCACUUGCAUUUGCUUCAAACACAAGGGCGGCACCCAGUCAAGACGAUCUGAUUGAUUAUCAAGAUAUUUAUUGUAAUACAAUUGGUCUUACCUCGUAAAGUACAUCAAAUCCCUUGAACCCCUUGAUUAACAACGCCCAGUUUACGGUACACGUUUUGCAAAUCCUGCAGUCGACCAAAAUCUGCACAGCAGUCGCCAUAUUGCUUACGAGCCCAAUCUCCAUUUCGAUUUUGAUUGGACUGUGCAUAGAGUCGUUAGUCCAGCCAAAACAUAACUCUAUAAUUCCAGCCUAGUUCGGCAAGGGUGGAAACUGGAAUUUUAUAGUCAGUUCUCUUGCCUCGGGACAAGUGUGGGCUUCUUGGAACAUACUCAGACCCUGGAGCUCCAAGAAGGGGUUUGUCAGUUUCCCUGGCAUGUAAAGGAUCUGAUGGAUAGCUAGUUGUGAAAUGUCAUAUUCCCAUCAGUCAAUUCUGGCAAUGAUCAAUGAAGGGAGACGGCCCUACUUACAGAGCCGAAUACCCGACAUGGUUCACAGUGAUAUCCCACUACAACCUAUAGCAAUCUCUACUUUCAAUAGUUGUAGCUGACGGAGAGAGUGGGCCCAGUUUCACAAGGCAGUCUGCAAUUCAGCACUAUUUCAGCCACACUGGCACAUCUACCUUCACAUAUUGUACCCAUCACUGUCCAUGCAGGGAAUUAAAUCUGUAUAUGCCCAGAGCAACUUCUACUGAAUGAACCUAAGUACCAACUCACCCCUCAAGAAACUGCCUCCAUUGUGUAAAUAGGCAUCGAAGUUGCAAUCAAAUACAAAACAGUGAAGUCCAGUUUACACAAAGUUUUUUAUUGUUAUUUUUUCAACACUGAGGACUCGUGAUACAGAAUGUCUCUUUCAUACCGACCCAAUCUAACAACAUACGACACUUUCUUCAAAACAAAAGAAAUGCUUCAGAAACUGAGACGCCUAAAAUAAGUUUGCUUCAUAUAACAAAUUCUUGAACUACAUUUUGAUGUCACUAUGCUCAUGUAGUCCCUUCAUUGUUGAUAAAAAUAAUGUAAUGAAGUCAUGAGGCUACUUGCAAAGAUGAACUUAUAAACUUUCUCCAUGACCACAGAGAUUGUUCUUCAAAUUUGUAUCCAUGUCAUUAUCUUAAAAUCUUUUCCCCUCUACGUUAUAUUCCCUUAUAAAAUAUCUUUGGCAAAUAAAUCAUUAAAACAAUCGAGCUGUGGUCAUUUUCUACUUAACAGAUUCCACCGAGAUCUGUGGAUUGCAAAUGAUAUCUUAAUAACUAAUGACAAGGAUUCAUGUGACAAGAAAUAUAUGUACAAAUG